GCAGGUUACCUAUUUAAAAGGCAAGUGCCACUGACCUUUCACCCGCAACUGCCACCACCACUUCGCAGUGCCCAACCACUGUCGUUACACAACCUCCCUUUGUCAACCCAUUUGUUUUCCGGCUUCAACACGAAGAUUAUCAAGUCACCAUGGAUCGACCUUCAAGACGCGGGAAGCCGCCACCGCAUCGGGGACCAGGUGGCGCCCGUGGGAGACCUUAUGCUCCCAAAGCCGCUGGGGAGAAAUGGUCCAAGGAGAAGGCCAUGGGAACUGCGAAAUCUAUGAUAGAUCAUGGUCGCCAGAAGGCUCGUCGAGCUGAGGAUGACGAGUAUCUUGGUCCACCACCUCCAGGUCGAGAUCUGAUCCUAGUAAGUCCUCGGUCCAGAGGCACACAACCCAAGCGAAGGCUGGUUCUAACAAUUUUAUCGACCCGCGUCGUUCUCCCAGGAAAGCAUAUGUUGCCCCGUGGUUUGGAUGAGCCCUGGGCACUCGAUGAUAUUCGCAAAGCACACAAGGUUUACAUCACCCACGUUCAACCAAACAUUCUCGACAUCCACUGCGAAUCCAUGCCCCGCAUGCAACAAGCCGUCCAUGCCUUGAACUGGGCUAUCCAUGAUCUCCGUCUCUCCAACGAACACCCCCCCGUCAGAUUCCUGCUUCAAGAACCCACCAACUCGGACGUGAAUGAUAUGGUCAGGGUUGAGAUUGGGUCGCGGCCACGGUUUACUUCUCGAAGUUCUACACUUGUCAGCAAUUCGUCGGCUAUGGACAAACAUCUCCAUCGACUUGUUGUCGAUAUGCCAACUUCAGCUGACACUUUGAUGGCUCUGAGUAAGAACAUGAAAAUGCGUGUCAACUUCGGACAUCUGGAUGUUCGUUCGAGAAACACGCAGGGCCGCGACGAAAUCACCCAUGACGAGUUCGUCAAGCUGCUGAACAUGUAUUCUGUCCGAGGAGGAGCAAGUCUUGGAACCAAACUCCCAGAAGCAACCCGAGCCGAGGAAGUCAUGCGGUAUCUUGUGAAUCCCGCACGGGGAAUUUGCAGUAGUCGCCAGGAGAUCACGCAAGGCUGCGAGGUCACGUUAGUCACCAAGGGCUUGGAGAUCAAAACCGAUGCCAUGGAUCCCAUGGGCAAAAAGAUGCAGUUGUCCAUGGUCAGGGCCAUGAGAUCUGAGGCUUGGGGACGUCUGAACUGGACGGUGGCGGCCCCAGACAUGCAAUACGACUGGAACCUGCGAGUAGACGCCUGGGAUAAUGAGGAGGUCCCAGUUGAAUUCAAGGACCUUUCCCAAAAACUACUGCUCACAGUGGACAGCAACCAAGCCGGCUCAGACCUGAUCAGGAUCCCUCACGUCAGUACUCACAAACUCGGAAAUGUACGGGACAGUAUUGGACAACUCAGACUCAAGUCUUCGGCAAUAAUCCCAUACAAGAAGACGCCAUAUGUCAUUGAGGUCAACGUCACUAAGGUGUGGAAGGGUACAUGCAUGGCUGACACACCAGAAAUCACUUGGGGCAUCGAAUUCUAUGCAGCUCACUGGGACGAGAGCAUCAUGCAUAUCAGCGGAGGUGAUCAUCGCAAGGAUUGGGGCCAAGAACUCAAACAUAUGUGGCCGGGUGACGAGCCGCGUCUCGAGUCUAGAUUUGGGGAGUUCCUGGGAACCAUUCUGGAGAUCCAGGCCCUCUUAGACGGAGCAUGCCCAAUAUGAGAUCGCCAUGGCGGGUAUAUGGUUGCAUGUCCAUCGGCCGA